AUGGUUGUACAGUGUAAUGAAAAUUGCAUGAUUGUCGUCGUCCUUAAUGAUCAAAACUCACUAAUUGGCAAAAGGAUAAAUAAGAAUUUUCAACAAAGAGACAAUCAUUUGCAAUUUGGCAGCAGUAGAACAGUUUCACUAAUUUCAAUUGUGAUGGCGAGCAGCAAUAGAAAAGGACAGUUUCCUCUAAUAGAACUUACUAUAAGAUGGUUGAGAAGGAUUCGGUUUUGGAACGAUACCCCAGGAAAACCAUUUCCAACUAUUGGUUCGAUCAUUGUUGUAAGCUACCUGUUAAUUUGGCUUAUUCCGAGCUGGCUUUUUACAAUGACCUCACAAGCUAGUGUCACCAGUUUAAUAAAGGCAGCGAAUGAACAAAUUGUGUUUUGUUCUAUAUUCUUCAAGAUGUGUGUGUUUGCAUUGAAAUUUCGUCGUUGGGAGUCAUUGUUUUACGAUCUACAACGUGCAUACAGUUCUGUGAUGGACGAUAUGAAUCUGGAUAUUCAACGGAUCUUAGGACAUGUGGAAAAGUCGGCAUACCAUCUGACCAAGUGGUACGGAUACGGGAUUAAUUUCAAUUGUUGUGUGUACGGUUCAUUACCAAUGUUGUUCGUAGCGAUCAAAUACGCUGCUACAGGAUCUUACGAUGUACCACUUUCAACUCCGAUCGAGUCAAAUUAUUUAAUUCCUGGUUACCGUACAAACUUCUGGAUCUGGUUUCCUCUUGACAUUGCGCUCAGUUUCCUGUUAUCGCUGCAUGGGGUAGCAUUAUUUUCGAUCGAAUGCUUCUCAUGGAACCUUGUCCAUGCCACAUCAUGUUUGUUUAGAGUUCUACAAAUUCAAGCUAACGAGCUGUCAAAUCAAAACGAGCGUAACGAUGAAUGGGCUGACAAAUUUUCGCGCUUCGUAAAUUUGCAUGAUUUGGUGCUGCGCUCUGCAGGAACACUAGAGGAAAUCCUGAGAACCCAGAUGUUAUUUAUAUACGCAUCGACUGUUUUUGAAUUGUGUCUGGUCAUGACUGUGCUCUCUUUGGCAUUUAAGGACUUGUAUCUCUUAAUAACUAUGUUCUGCGUUAUCGGUCACUGUCUUUUUCAAACAUUUUCCUUCUCAUAUCUGGGUACCGAGCUCAUAGAGGAAAGUGAAUCUGUGGCAGAUUCCAUUUUCCACAGCACCUGGUAUAUCCAGAAUGUGAAUAGACAGAAAGAUCUUUGCUUUGCGCUUAUGCGCGCCAAGAAACCGGUUAGUUUAACUGCAGGGAAAUUUUUCGUCGUGAAGCGUGAAUCUUUCACGCAGGUGAUUAAACAAGCGUACACCAUAUUUACGUUGAUGUCCCAGUUUCUGGAUGAUACUGUUAAUUAAAAUUCAAUAUGAAGUAUAUUCACAACUCAUUGACAAAAGAGAGAAAAACUCUAGUGAAC